CGAACGUGGAAAUGCAUUCUCUUGACGAACACCCAACCGAGAUUCCCUCGGCCUCCUCUAUAUAAAUAAUGAAUAAAUAAAUAAAUACACCAUUAGAGCCUUCAACGGGCGAAUAAGAGAAGCGCAACAUUAGGGUUCGGGAUCUUACGUUCUUGCUAGAUUACCUGCCGAUGUUUCGAAACCUACCGGUUUGAUCUGUAAGCAAGGCGAUUGUUUUCGCCGAUUGGAACAAUGAUGGAGGAGGCAGAGCGAUGAAAUCUUGAUUUUGAAGAAUGAUAAUCGUGCGAAAAUGCUGUUGCAGUCCAUUCUGGAGUUACCUGGUGAUAGGUAAUUUGUGAAGUUGGACUCGAUGUACUGAACAAUGUUCGGACUCAGAUCCAUCUUAUCUAGGUCGUAUUUUGCUGUCUCGCAUUCAUGCUUUACGACAAGACCUUCUCGGCAAUAUGCUGCUUUUAUUACCUCUUCAAGGUGCGGAAGUGAUAAUUUUUCAACCGCAUCAGGUGCCUCGGCACUUAACAUGCUAAAGUCUGUAGACCGUUGUCUGCCGAAUAUUGGGGAUGGAAAGAACAGAAUAUUGCCUCUAUCAGCUCAUGUGGAAUAUCAAGAAUGCCAAACUAAUUUUUAUUUGACGUAUCCAAGAAGAUCCUUGAGUGGUAGCAGUUGGCUAGCGAAAACUAUGUCGCAAUCUCGAAGCAAUAUAGUAUCGAUAUGCUCGUCUGCUAUGAUUGCCGGUCGAGUGUAUUCAUCGCAGGCAGGCGGAAAACGAGAUGGUCUUCAAAACUCCGUCUCAAAUGAUGCAGCAACCGCAGACGCUUCUAAUGGUGGGACUGCUGAUGCUGUAGGGAAUGAUUGGGUCAAUACGCUAAAUAACGCUCGUCAAUCUGCUCUAGAUGCUAUUGCUGCCGCCGGCAUUAAAGCUAAGGAGUUGAAGGAUGCAGUCACGCCUCAUAUACAACAGCUAUAUGACUCACAUCCUUAUUUGGAACAGGUAAUUGUACCAGUUAGUGGAACUUUGUUCGGAACAGUACUGGCUUGGUUCAUUUUGCCAAGAAUCUUAAGGAGGCUUCACAAAUACGCAGCACAAAGUCCUUUUACAGUUUUAGUGGGGAGCUCAAGUAAGGAACACGUAUCUUACCAAAACAGCCUGUGGGGUGCUCUUGAAGACCCUGCAAGAUACCUUAUUACCUUUAUGGCAUUCUCUCAAUUAGCUGUGAUGACUGCACCAAGCACUUCAGAAUAUUUUCCACAAGUACAAAGGGCUGCUGUUGUUCUUUCUUUUUUGUGGUUUCUUCAUAGAUGGAAAACCAAUUUUUUCACCAAUGCUAUGGCCAACCAAGUCACAACAGGUGUUGAUCGAGAAAGAUUGUCUGCCCUGGAUAAGAUUUCAUCGCUAAGCUUAAUGGUGCUUGGAGUUAUGGCUUUAGCUGAAGCUUGUGGUGUAGCUGUGCAAUCAAUUUUGACUGUUGGUGGUAUUGGAGGUGUCGCUACCGCAUUUGCUGCUAGAGAUAUCCUUGGUAACAUUCUCAGUGGGUUCUCUUUGCAAUUCUCAAAACCUUUCUCAGUGGGGGACAAUAUAAAGGCUGGAUCAAUAGAAGGGCAAGUGGUGGAAGUUGGACUCACUACCACUUCUUUGAUCAAUCCAGAAAAGUUUCCUGUCAUAGUUCCAAACUCACUAUUCUCCAGUCAGGUGAUAGUGAAUAAAUCACGUGCUCAAUGGCGUGCUAGUGUUACGAAAGUUCCUUUAAGAAUCAAGGAUAUAGAAAAGAUUCCCCCUGUGUCAGAGGAGAUCAAAGCUAUGCUAAGAGCAAAUCCGAACAUUUUUUUAGGAAAUGAUGCACCUUGCUGUUACCUCUCUCGACUAGAAGUUUCAUUCGCAGAGCUUACUAUCGGAUGCAAUCUCAAAGCUAUGAGAAAAGAUGAGUUGUUUGCGGCAGAACAAGAUAUUCUACUGCAAGCUGCAAGGAUCAUCAGGAAACACGGUGCCGAACUAGGAAGCACCCAACAGUAGUGAAAAGCCUCCUGUAGAUGGUGCAAGUGAUACAUUUUGCUGUGCUGUACAAAUGUUUUGCAUGCACACGUGUUCCAAUGCGUCUCAGACGAACUGUUGCGGAGUUUAAUUUCAAAUUUUUUCCAAGUUUGUAUCCAAGCAUCAUGAUCUUCUUUCCUUGUAUCAACUUUCAUUGUAAAUCAAGUAUCAGCUUUUUUCCUCUUCAGUACUGAGGUCUGGAGUUGAUUAUCACCAAGCCAUGAAAGUGGUGGCUUCUUACAUCAUAUUGGCCCUAUGGGCACUAGGAACUUGGUACUCUUAAAACCACACUACUGUUUGCUACAGCAUCAUAAGACUAAAGAAGUACAAAUGUGACGAUAUCUUUCUGA